AAGUCGGAUCCACGUAACUCGGGGACUGCCUGUAGUUGUGUAGAGUUUUUUUUUUUUUUUUGUAGUUAUACCUUCCCACUUGCUUAGUGGCAUUUUAAGGGUUGCUUUUCUGGGUUCUACAACUCUGUGGCUUGUGUUUUGGAGGUUAAACUAAAUAAUGGCUCCUUUGUGCUUAGAAUGUAUGAAACACAUGGUCAGCGAAUUUUGAGAGUCAUGGACCGGAUUCUACAGCUCUUACAUGAAUAUUUUCACUGAACUCAAUUGACUAGAGAACUGUAGGAUUGGCAAUGCUGCUAAAUGUGGCAAUGCUACUAAAAAAUAGCUAUUACAAUAGCUUUUCUCAACAGCAUUGUUGUUAAUACACAGAAUGCCAAACUUUAUUUACAGGUUGAACCUCUCUAAUUCAGCACCCUUGGAACCUGACUGGUGCCAAACCAGACAAUUUGUUGAACCACAGGAGGUCAUUAUUGUCCAGAAGCAUUGCCAACACUUCCACUGCUUCUGGGCUCUUAGAAGACAUUUAGGGUUAAAGUACAGCUAACUAACAGUACGAAACACUGAGAGCCAGGACUGGUAGCUGUAAACAAGCUUUAUGGGACCUUGCAAAAUUUGGUCACACCCAUGAUAAGUGGACACCCGGCUAACUAAAAUCAUUCUGCACCAUGCACCAUGAAUGUUGCCAAACCAAAGAGUGCUGGACUAGAGAGGUUCAACCUAUAUUAUUACAAAUCUUCAAAGAUAUAUACACAUAUUGCUCUAUCAGGCUUAGUGAAAGAAACUUGUAUUCCUGUAUUAUCAGUCAGGAAAAUGCAUAGAAACUUUAGACCGGUGGUUUUCAAACUAUAGGUCACAACCCCGUACUAGGCGGUGGACUGUCAGGCACUGGGUCUUAUUGCUGCAGGGUGAUCAGAUGACCAGUGGAGGUGCUAAGGUAGCACCAUAUAUUGCACUGCACCCUAAAAGUGCUCAGCAGCAGACCUGGCUCCUAGGGAGCAGUGGGGAGAGCAUACAGGGCUCCAUGCGCUGCUCCUGCCUUGAGCACUAGCUCUGCACUCCCAUUGGCUGGGUACUUGCUGUUGUCUGCUUCUGAGGUGCAGCAUGGUCUGCAUUGCCAGGAAGCCUGCUUUAGCAUCCCUGCUUCACCGCUGACCAGGAGCUGCUAGAGGUAAGUCCCACCUGCCCCAGCCAUGACGACCCUCCCCCCCGAAACCCAGAGCCCCCUCCUACAUGCCAGAGCUCUCCUCCUGAGCCCCACCUCAGAGCACACACUCUUAGUCAAAUUAUUUUGGAUCACGGGCAUCAACAAUUUUCUUCAACUGGAUCACGAGAAAAAAAAAUUGAAAACCGCUGCUUUAGACAGCGGUUGUCAGAAAAAUCCUUUCAAAAGAAACAAAUUAAUUCUGUCCCUAAGCCUGAUUUUUCACAUAGCCCCAGUUCCUCAGUUACCGAAAACUAGAGUUGUAUUCAAGACACAGAAUUUAGAUUCACAACUGAAUUAGAAUCUGAUUGGGUUAUUUGGAUUCAGUGUGCCUUAAUAGAGCCAUGAAUUUCCAAAUUAAUUCUGUGAUCAGAUAUAAACUUCCCAAAGUCUGGAGAGAAGAUCGGGUUUAGAACUGUUUUUAUUGUUUGGCCCCAUAUAUAUGAAACACUGUCAGUUUCCAAAUAUUUCUUAUUCAUUCCAGCACUGUUGGGAGUUUCUUAUAUCUAAAAUAUUAAAUCACGAGUCCUGGAAUGAAUGAAUUAAUAGUUCAGUACAGUCUCUUCAAACAAAAGCUUCCCAGCUUGGAGCUGUGCAGUCCUUUUCUGAUAUUUUGAACUACAUCUCCCAGAAACCUUUGCAACAAAGCUUCCAAGUCUGUAGUUCCUAUUGACUCUGGCACUUGCAGGGAUUUCAACAACAGCCUUCUGACAAUUCUUGCCACACAGGUAGCUGCAUUAGGCUGAACUCCUCCAACACUCGAUGGCUGUGAGUGUGAAGAUCUUGCCUUCUCCGAAGUGUUUGUUUGAUGAUCCCAUUCAGAUUAAAGUGGAAGGUCUCUCACCGCUGCAGGAGGUCACCCUGAGAGCAUCCCUGAUUGAUGAGAACAAGGAACUUUACCAAUCCUUUGCCUACUACAGAGCUGAGAGCAAUGGAGAACUGGACCUGACAUGCUCCUCAGCGCUGGCUGGCAGCUACUCUGGGGUAGAACCCAUGGGACUGCUGUGGUCACUGGAAUCUAAAACACCCUUCAAACGGCUGGCGAAGAAGAAUGUCCUAACCCCUUUUUACGUGCACGUGGAAGUGUUUGAGGGCCACAGUAUCACCAGCCAGCUCCUGGGCAAAUGCAUUAAUGAGCGGAAAUUUUUGGGAGAGGGAGUGAAGAGGAUUCCAGUCAGGGAAGGUCGGCUCAAGGCAACUCUCUUCUUGCCUCCUGGAUCUGGUCCAUUCCCAGGACUUAUCGACUUAUAUGGAUCUGGAGGAGGUCUUGUUGAGUACAGAGCGAGUCUCUUGGCUAGCAGGGGCUUUGUAACCCUGGCUGUUGCUUAUUUAGCCUUCGAAGAUAUCCCAGCUAUCCCAGACAUCCUUGAACUGGACUAUUUUAGAGAGGCUGUGGAGUUUCUGCAGAAGCAGCAGCAGGUGAAAGAUUCUGGGAUCGGAGUUUUGGGCUUAUCUAAAGGAGCAGAUCUUGCCCUUUCUCUGGCCACAUUUCUGCCAAGCAUCAAAGCAGCUGUCAGCAUUUCUGGAUGUGGUGUUAAUACCUACAUCCCCCUGCGUGUUAAUGGUUUCACCAUUCCUCACCAUCCGUAUGACUUGGGGAGGAUGAAGAUUGACGAUGAAUCUGGAAUGGCAGAUUAUUCAGAAAUCCUGGAUGAUCCUAGGGACUCAGCCACUUGGUCCAGCCGUAUUCCAGUAGAGAAAUCUCCCGCCAAGUUCCUCUUCUUGUCAGCACAGAAUGACAGAAGCUUGAAAAGCGAGCUCUACUGCCGAGACGUUGUUCACCACCUUCGGCAGUGUGGCCGAGAUGUGGAGUUUUACUGCUAUCCUGGGGCAGGGCACCUCCUGGAACCACCGUAUUUUCCUUUGUGCCAGGUUUCAUAUCACAGGCCACUUGGGAUAUGGAUGCUGUGGGGAGGGCAGUGGAGGGAGCAUGCCAAGGCACAGGAGGAUGCAUGGCAGCAGAUACAGGUCUUUCUCCAGCAACACUUGCUGGACUCGGAUGCCAUCAAGAGUAAACUAUAGGGGAGAGAUUGCCCAGGCAUCCUAGGAGUUACAUGCCAACUCCCAGUGAGAGGCAAUAGGAAUUGGGUCCUGGCAUAGGUAGUAUUUUGAAAAUAGAACUCUGAAAAAAUUAAUCUUUGCUCUAUUACGCUUCUAUUCUCUUCCCAAACUGCACCUGCUCUCCUGUUUUCUUUCCUGCUGCUCUGCUGAUUUCAUAUUCCCUUGGAGUGGAAUGUUAGGGUCCUCUAGACCAAUGUUUCUCAACCUUUUUUUUUUUUUUUUUUUAAAGUACCCCUUU